CGAUAUCGUCCCCUCCUUUAGCUACUUUUUUUCCGUUUCCAUUUUCUUUUUAUCUUACAUCUUGUUUUUCUCUCAUCUCCCGUCUCUUCCCAUCAGUCCACUCCAUCUUCCUCUCCAACUCCCAUUUCUCCAUCUGGUUGCAUCCCUUCCAGCUCCCUUUCCUUUUGUCCCUCUCCCAUCCUCCCACUUCCCUUGUGCUCAGGUCGCAGUCUCAGUCAGGAGCGGCUUGUCACUACCUCCCUUUAUCUAUAUCUCCAUACCUACCUAAUAAUACCCUCUUCCUCCUUUAAUCCUCUCUCCUAUUCCCAACUCUGUUGACAGAGUGCUCAGCAAUCAUGCCUACCUCUGCUCCUUUGGUCAACACCGCCAGCGGCGCCUCCGCCAACGACAACAUCACCCGUUUCGACCCCCCCAGCCGUGUGCUCACCCCCCUCAGCAACGCCCUCUUCCACAACAAGACGAGAUGCUUCGUAUAUGGUAUGCAGCCCCGAGCUGUCCAGGGUAUGCUUGACUUCGACUUCAUCUGCAAGCGUUCCACUCCUUCCGUCGCCGGUAUCAUCUACACCUUCGGUGGCCAGUUCGUGAGCAAGAUGUACUGGGGCACCAGCGAGACCCUGCUUCCCGUCUACCAGGACGUCGGCAAGGCCAUGGCCAAGCACCCUGACGUUGACACUGUUGUCAACUUCGCCUCUUCCCGUUCCGUCUACACCUCCACCAUGGAGCUGAUGGAGUGCCCUCAGAUCAAGAGCAUUGCCAUCAUUGCUGAGGGUGUCCCCGAGAGACGCGCACGUGAGAUCUUGGUCACUGCCAAGGAGAAGGGCAUCACCAUCAUUGGUCCUGCUACCGUCGGUGGUAUCAAGCCUGGUGCGUUCAAGAUCGGUAACACUGGUGGUAUGAUGGACAACAUCGUUGCCUCCAAGCUCUACCGCCGGGGUUCCGUCGGUUACGUCUCCAAGUCCGGUGGUAUGUCUAACGAGCUGAACAACAUCAUCUCUCAGAACACCGACGGUGUUUACGAGGGUGUUGCCAUUGGUGGUGACCGUUACCCCGGUACCACCUUCAUCGACCACCUUCUCCGUUAUCAGGCCGAGCCCGAGUGCAAGAUCCUGGUUCUGCUCGGUGAGGUCGGUGGUGUUGAGGAGUACCGUGUCAUUGAGGCCGUCAAGAACGGCACCAUCACCAAGCCCAUUGUCGCCUGGGCCAUCGGUACCUGCGCUAGCAUGUUCAAGACCGAGGUUCAGUUCGGUCACGCUGGUGCCUCGGCCAACUCCGACCUGGAGACCGCCGUCGCCAAGAACAAGGCCAUGAGGGAGGCUGGUAUCCACGUCCCCGAGACCUUCGAGGACCUUCCCCAGACCCUUGCGGAGGUCUACCAGGACCAGGUCAAGAAGGGCAUUGUCAAGCCCCAGCCUGAGCCUAUGGUUCCCAAGAUCCCCAUCGACUACUCCUGGGCUCAGGAGCUGGGUCUCGUCCGUAAGCCCGCUGCUUUCAUCUCCACCAUCUCCGACGACCGUGGCCAGGAGCUGCUCUACGCCGGUAUGCCCAUCUCUGAUGUCUUCCGUGAGGACAUCGGUAUCGGUGGUGUCAUGUCUCUUCUGUGGUUCCGUCGCCGCCUUCCUCGCUACGCCAGCAAGUUCUUGGAGAUGGUCCUCAUGCUCACUGCUGAUCACGGUCCUGCCGUGUCUGGUGCCAUGAACACCAUCAUCACCACCCGUGCUGGCAAGGACCUCAUCAGUGCUCUCGUCUCUGGUCUCCUGACCAUUGGUUCUCGUUUCGGUGGUGCCCUGGACGGCGCCGCUGAGGAGUUCACCAAGGCCUUCGACAAGGGCAUGAGCCCCCGUGACUUCGUUGACACCAUGCGCAAGGAGAACAAGCUGAUCCCUGGUAUCGGUCACCGUGUCAAGUCCCGCAACAACCCCGAUCUUCGUGUCGAGCUCGUCAAGGAGUUCGCUAAGAAGAACUUCCCCAGCACCAAGCUUCUCGACUACGCCAUUGCUGUCGAGACCGUCACCACCUCCAAGAAGGACAACCUCAUCCUCAACGUCGACGGUUGCGUUGCCGUCUGCUUCGUUGACCUGAUGCGCAACUGCGGCGCUUUCUCCUCCGAGGAAGUGGAGGACUACAUGAAGAUGGGUGUUCUCAACGGUCUCUUCGUCCUGGGUCGUAGCAUUGGUCUCAUUGCCCACUACCUCGACCAGAAGAGACUGCGCACUGGUCUGUACAGACACCCCUGGGACGACAUCACUUACCUGCUCCCCGCCCUCCAGAAGGGUGGCUCCGAGGGCCGUGUUGAGGUCAACGUCUAAUUUUCUUCCUGUCUCCCUUAAUACACAUACAUCUCAUGGAUUAGUCAUAAAAUCCGUCAUUGUUGACGUCGGAGUUCUGAUGGCUUGUUUUUCGCCUCUUAUUUCUUUCUGCAUCGGUUUGGUUCACUUCAUAUCUCAUCUAUUUCAACUUACAAUCUGUAGUGGCACAUGUGGCAUGACUCGCUGUUAAGGUUGAUGAAUAUCACGCAACGAUUAAGGAAAUGUG